AUGAAAUACCUACUUUCGCUGGUGCUGUUGCUCUCAGGUCUAGCAGUCUCGUCUGCGCAAUUGAUAAAUCCACCAAGCCAUCUCAUUACAAUCGUCCACUACUGUACGUCAUCUGGCCCGUUGCCUUUAUCGCUCUCUUGUUGACAAUCCGACCGCUGACAUCGUACCGAUAGUUCUCAACAAGCACCCAGAUGGAAUGAACGAAGACGACAUUCGCUCAGUCUGGACUGACGCGUGCCUUGCGGCAGGUGGGACCAAUGGCAACUAUUUUGGUGGCUAUCAGAACGAGGCCCACUGUUUCGCUUCGUAAGUGUGAGAGUCGCUAGCCCGCGGCGGUAAAUCGUUUGACCAGAGAAACCUUUUUUGUCCUUCUCCAACGCAAUGGCAGGCCUUCGGGGCUUGAUAAAGCACCUGCAGCAAUUGCAGCGCUGCAAGCGAAGCAGCCAGGCCAAUGGGAGUUUGCGAAGAAAGGCUGAGCAGGCUUACGCCUCAACGUGCGGGGCCUAGAUGUGAACUUGCAUCCACACCAUCACAAAGGGUGACUCAGCUGGAUAGACUAGCUACACCACGCUGAUGUCGAUGUGUGAGAUGUUGUUCUCGCUCGCUCAGGUCUUCCAAAUGUAUUUCGAGGGUCCAAGCUUGGGAAAUGAGACAUCGAGUCGAGUCUAAUCCCGCGAGCCUCAUGACGUCGAAACUCAAAGAGCGCCUUCUUUGCAUGCUAUCAAUUCGGGUUCUGGGCAUGCUGCACAAUGUGCACUAUGUUCAAACCCAGAAACGAUAUCGUAGUGACCGCGCCAAACGCACGCACAUAUCAUGACUCGGCUGCUAUCAGCCUGGGCCGGAAGUCGCUGUUCGUACCGUGCCUUUCAGGGUCAGCUGGCACAAAGUCGACGACCCGUAAACGUGCGACUACAGGCCCGGGCGAGCGGACGAUGCAGCACGCGGUGCGAGACCCGCAGGUCCAGAGUGUUGGCAGCGCAAAUUCCGCGUAGAUUCAAUACGUGGGGGUGCGAAGCUGGAGGUAAGAAGAGCUUGCCGCUGAGCUCGAAAGUAGAGUCAGCCACUGCGUAGCAGCGUCGAGACUUGCAGAGAUUGGGUCCACUGUAGGUCGGGCUACGAAUCAGACCCCUUCGCGGGUAUCCGCGGGCGCACAAAAUUUGCGAAGAGACAGAGAAGGCGAGAGUCUGGGCGCACGCCAGUUUCGUUACGCCAUCGCGGUGCAAAAGGAAGACGACGAGGCACAAACACCCCAUUUACAGCCAAAGAUAUCGAUGAGAGCGCGCACACGCUGCUCGCACUUGCGCAGUCCACCUGGGCACCGCGUAGAAACGAGCGUCACAAGUACUUUAGGCGUUCCCGGAACGCCACGCAGACCGCAAGGACUCCGUCUGCUCGGCAUCUCUACAUUUACGGGUCAUGGAUUUGCUCGAAUCGCCACUUGUUCUCUCGUGUGCCUCUUCAGUAGUAGAUCGAGCUUCCUGAAAUACGCCCUGCUCGAUCAAAGCUGCUUCUUCACUUCGACCCAUCUCCAAAAAGCGCUCAUCUGGCAAAGUCUAGAAUACCUUACAAGAAACCUCCGCCAAUUACGACUAUUCGUUCAAUCUCUUGCACAUCAUGAAGACUGUUAUGAUCGCUGGGCUGAUGUUGUCGAGCUUUGCACUGGCUAGAAGCUUGGAUCUCGCUGAACGAGACGGGCCUCACGUCGUCUUUUACUGUACGUCGGCUCGUUUCAAGCUUCACGCAAUACCGGUGAAUCUAUGCUCAUCCAUAUCGAGAUCCUCACUACUUCACAGCGGUGGACAAGCACCCACAAUGGAGUGACGACGCCAUCGACAGUACAUGGAAAGACGCGUGUCACAGCGCUGGAGGGGACAGUGGUGGCUACCAAGGUGGAAUCGUCAAUCAAGUCACCUGUUUCAUCGGGUCAGUCAAGAACAUCGCCUAGCGGGCUACAUUCGUUGAGCCGUCGCGUGUGCCACUGUUCUCGCGGCUGGUAUGCUCGGGCGUCCUGACUUGUCCCUUCCUUCCCUCUCCUGACUGAAAACGCAGAGGGAAGACCGAGAAUCGUGCGCCAGGAGCAAUCGCGUUGUUGCAGCAGAAGCAACCCGGCCAAUGGGAGUUUAGCCAAAUGUAA